GGCAGCAGUCCCCCCACCUCUUCACACCACAAACACACACAAACACACACAAAUCGUUUUCCGAGGCUACACUUCUCUAUGUGCGUACAUAUAUAGACUUCCCAAAGUAAAUCAAAUUCCCAAUAGCAUAAAUAAUAGCUCAUCUAUAUUUUAGCCAACUCUUUCGUUAGCGUCUGUGAGUAAUAAAUCUUUCACAGGUUUUAUCGCCGCUUCGAUAAAAGAAUCUUCCUUCCUUAUUCCUUAAGAGUCCACGCACUCUGUUUUUUUAUUCACAUGCUCUGUUUCUGAAAUCGAUCAUCAAUGGGGUUUCUUGGCAUUUUCUUGGGAAUCAUUGGUGUCGGAAUUGGGAUUGUUAUUGGUCUUGUUCUUGGGUUUUACUUGUUUAUCUAUUCCGACCCCCAAAACGAACCCUUCGAGGAUCCAAUUGUGAAGCCAAUUUCUGAACUUGAUACAACUAGUUUACAAGAUUUAGUGCCCGAGAUUCCUCUAUGGUUGAAGAAUCCCGAUUAUGAUCGUGUUGAUUGGCUGAAUACAUUUCUUUUGAACAUGUGGCCUUAUCUUGACAAGGCAAUUUGUGCUGCGAUAAGGCAAACAACAGAACCAAUAGUGGCUGAUUAUGUUGGGCAAGGGCAUCGCCCUAUAGAGGCAAUUACUUUUGAGACCUUAAGCCUCGGGACCCUUCCUCCUAUAGUUCAAGGUAUUAAAGUUUAUGAGACGAAUGAGAACCAACUAGUAAUGGAACCGGCGAUUAAAUGGGCUGGAAAUCCGAAUAUAGUCAUAGUUGUGAAGAUAUCGUUUUUGCGCAUCAAGAUUCAGUUGGUGGAUUUACAAGUGUUUGCGGUUCCAAGGGUGACUUUGAAGCCUCUUGUCUCGGCUUUUCCAUGCUUUGCUAAUGUCGUUGUAUCUUUGUUGGAGAAGCCACAUGUGGACUUUGGGCUGAAGGUACUAGGAGGAGAUGUUAUGUCUAUCCCUGGCCUAUAUCCACUAGUUCAGGAUAUUAUUAAAAAAGAAGUCGCAAAACUCUACCUUUGGCCACAAACUCUUCAAAUACCCAUUCUUGAUUCUUCUCUUGGUGCUGUGAAAAAGCCUGUUGGAGUGUUACAUGUGAAAGUGAUACGGGCAACGAAGCUGAUGAAGAUGGACAUAUUGGGACUUUCCGAUCCAUAUGUAAAGCUUAAAUUAAGUGGAGAAAUGUUACCUUCCAAAAAAACAACAAUCAAGAAAAAGACAUUAAAUCCAGUGUGGAAUGAGACCUUCAAGCUUGUAGUCAAGGACCCUCAAGCUCAAACCCUUCAAGUUAAUGUCUUUGAUUGGGACAAGGUAGGGAGCCAUGAUAGGUUGGGGAUGCAAGUGGUGCCAUUGAAGAUACUACAACCAAACGAGACAAAAGAACUAACCCUUGAUCUAUUGAAGAACACUAACGUAACAGAUCCACUGAAGAAACAACAGAGAGGGCAGAUUAUGUUGGAGGUGACUUAUGCGCCAUUCAGGGAGGAUAGUGAUGUAGUAGUAACCGGGACCCUCAAUACGCCGACUAAGAAAGAGAAUGGUGCAGGGUUCGGCGGCGAAACCCCAAUUGGUGCCGGCGUACUUUUGGUGACUGUGCAAGGGGCUGAAGAUGUUGAAGGAGAGCAUCACAACAAUCCAUACGCCGUGAUUAUAUUUAGAGGAGAAACAAAGAAAACAAAGAUUAUUAGAAAAACUCGAGAUCCGAAGUGGAAUGAAGAGUUUCAGUUUAUGCUUGAAGAACCUCCGAUACAUGACAAGAUCCACAUCCAGAUUAUGAGCAAGAGAACGCGAAUGAGUUUCUAUGCAAAGGAAUCACUAGGACAUGUGGUGAUAAACCUUGCUGAUGUAGUGUACAAUGGGCGGAUAAACAAUAAGUUUCAUCUCAUAGAUUCGAAGAACGGCCUGGUACAUGUCGAGCUCCGGUGGAGAGAAACUUGAUGUUACUCGAUGAUGGCGGAGUCAAAAUCGGGAGUGAUAUAGUCAACGUGAUAUAUUUUUGAGUUUUUUUGAAAUAGUGUUUAAGUUGAUGAGAUGUGAAUUAGUUCUAUACAUAUUGGGAAAAAAAUACAUAAAUAUAUAUAACUGGAAUUGGUUAAGAUCUGAAAUUCUGAAUUCAUUUUGCGAUA